AUGAGCGCGAGCCGAGGAGGUCACGUGACGCCUGGGCAGCAGCGAGGCCCCGCCGCCCAUUUUGUUUCCUCGAAGGACGACGAUGGCGGGCUCCUUGAGGGCGCCGCCGCCGCUGCGGCUGCCGCUGCUGCUGGCGCUGCUCCUGCUGAGCGAGGCGCCGCCACAGCCCUGCCUUCCGUUAUCCCACAGACGAAUGUGGAACAAGGCCUGUUGUGGAUGAGAUACCAACAGGGAGUCGGAUUGUUGGUGGACAUGAUGCUCAGCUUGGGGCAUGGCCGUGGCAAGGAUCCAGGAUUUUGGAAGGCCAUUCUUGGAAUGCAUCAUCUUUCUAGACACUUAGCACAUACUGUAAAGAAACGGGUCAGAGCUAUCAUUAUCCACUCUAAUUUCAACCAUGUUACAUUUGAAAAUGAUAUCGCUUUGUUCAAAUUAAUAGGUUCUGUCAAAUUCAAUGAAUAUAUUCAGCCCAUCUGCUUACCUAAGGCUCCUCUUGUUGUAACUAAUGAGACCCCAUGUUACAUAAGUGGAUGGGGAAACACAAUAGAGAAAGGUAGACUCAGAGAUGUCUUACAAGAAGUGCAAGUAGACAUUCUUCCUUUAGCACUCUGUAACAGAUAUGACUGGUAUGCAGGCUCGAUAAAAGAAGAUAUGCUUUGUGCGGGUUCUGAAAGUGGAGGUGUUGAUAGUUGCCAGGGAGACAGUGGUGGACCUUUAAUGUGCUAUUUCCCAGAUGAUACCAAAUACUUUCUGAUAGGAAUCACGAGCUAUGGCCUUGGUUGUGGCCAGCCAAAACUUCCAGGAGUCUACGUACGUGCGUCUCAUUACAGAAGCUGGAUAAAUUCACAAGCUAUUUUGUUUGACAAAGCCACCAAUAUGACUGUUUCACAUGUUCUCAUUUUUUUGACACUGGGGUGGAUAGCCUUGUAUAAUAUCUUAUGAAAAGGCAAACAAUCUUUCCAUUGUCUUUGAAUAAUCUCAGAUAGUUUUUUUUAAAUUAAGUUUAAUGUUUCAUAAAAUCACUGGUAUGUUUUAUAAUCCAAUAUUCACUUCCCCCUCAUAGGUUGUAUACUGCAACAGAGAUGUAAAUGCUAAAUGUUACCAUACCACUUUAAAAUAAAAAAAUAUAUUUUUCAGUACAACACAUUUUUCAAAUUGAGCUGUAAUAUUUCUUCAGGUCCUUGAUUCUUAUCACAGAGAAAAAAGCAUAUGGGCAUAAAAGUUAAUGUUUUAUGUGUUAAUCCUGCCAACAUUUGCUGUAGUCCCAUAGUGUUUGAA